AAGUUAGGUGGUGGCAGCAAAGACCCCGUGAUCUGGUAUUUAUAGUGGAGGAGAUAUAAAUAGCUCCAGUAUGUGUGGACACUGAGGAACCACACUGUUGAAAGAUACGACCACAGGAGCAGGAGGACUACGUUUUGACUGAAGAGGAACUCCUUGUGCAUUUCAGAUGACCACAAAGACAGAGGACGGUUUUUGUCAAUCAGACGAUGACUUUGAUGAAGAUGAGGCAACACAGUAUAUAAUUGAACAAAGUCUGGUUCAGUAUAGGAAACUCAAAGGAUUGAAUCCGAGUGAUCUGAAACCCAGUGAUGAUCCUGAUGGGAUUUUCAAAGCGAUCAAAGAGGGGGAUGAAGAUGCACUGAACAGACUGGCCGAGCAGCCAGAGACUCUGUCCAGAGUGGAUGAGCGAGGAUGGAUCCCUCUGCAUGAGGCUGCAGUGCAGCUCAAUAAAAGGAUACUAGAGAUCAUUUUCUCAGCCUCACCCCCGGGGGCCGCCCAAUGCCGCACUCUGAAGGGUGAGACGUCACUGUUUCUAGCCGUGGUCCAUGGAAUCAGAGAGAACGCCACAUUCCUGCUGCAGAACGGCUGUAGCCCGGAUCUGCAGAACGACGAGCAGGAUUCUCCUUUAGUGGCAGCUAUCCUUAAUGACCAGUACGACCUGGCCACCCUGCUGCUCCGCUACAGAGCCACAGUGGACCAGACCGGGAUGCUCAACAGGACCGCUCUACAUGAAUGUGCUUUUUUAGGCCUGGAGAACUUUGUCUACCUGCUCCUGGAGUCCGGUGCUGACCCAAACGCAUGUGACGUCAGAAAGAAAACGCCGCUGGCUCUGGCUGCACAGAACGGACAUUUGAACGUGGUGGAGGGCCUGUUACAGAAAGGAGCCCAUGUGUGGUGUGAAUCUGACUCGGGAACUAUUUUAUUUGACGCAGCGGCGUCAGGAAACCCUGACAUAAUCACCUUACUGCUGGACAACGGAGCCGAUCCCAACCUACCUCUUUACAGCGGCCACCUGCCAAUUCACCGUGUGGCCUACCACGGACACCGCCUGGCACUGGAGCAGCUCAUCCCAGUGACUACACUGGACGCUGUGAAGGAAAGCGGGAUGAGUCCUCUGCACUCUGCGGCUGCCGGGGCUCAUGCCCAUUGCGUGGAGAUACUGCUCAAAGCUGCCUAUGACCCAAACUUCAUGCUGCACUCCAGGUUGCGACACAGCUACGACGACGAUCGCAGGUCGGCCCUCUUUUUCGCGGUGUCCAACAAUGACCUUCAGUGCACCCGCCUGCUGUUAGAGGCCGGGGCCAUGGUGAACCAGGACCCUAUCAACUGUUUGCAGGUGGCCCUCAGACAGGGCAACUAUGAACUGAUCAACACGCUGCUGAAGUUCGGGGCAAAUGUGAACUACUACUCCCGCAUCAACACCACUCACUUCCCCUCGGCACUGCAGUACGCCCUGAAAGACGAGGUCAUGCUGAGAAUGAUCCUGAACCAUGGGUAUGAUGUCAAACGCUGCUUUGACUGUCCUUAUGGCGACAGCUCCCACGACUACGCCCCCUGGACGACUUCCGUCAUCAAAGACAUGGUGUUCUGUGAGGUGAUAACCGUGUCGUGGCUGAAGCACCUGUCUGCUCAGGUGGUGCGCAUCAUGCUCGACUACACCGACCACGUGUCCUUCUGCACCAAACUGAAGGACACGUUGGAGGAGCAGAAACAGUGGCAGGAGAUCUGCCACCUUCAAAGAAAUGCUCGGAGCCUGAAGCACCUGUGUCGGCUGCGGAUUAGGGAGCGUCUCAGCCGCUUGCGCCUGAGAUCCCCGGCCUUCAUCAACUUCCUUCCUCUUCCUCCCAGGCUGAAAGAUUACCUCCGCUUCAAGGAGUUUGAUGUGUACAGCAGGGGCAGCAUGGUGAACCCCAUGUAAAAACACACACACACUGAUUUACAGCUCUCACAGACAGAGGGACGAAGACAGUCAAUGUUUGCUUUGUUGUUGUGUUUUAUGUACUUAAUGCUUUGCAAUAUUAUUGGGGGGGAAACCUAUUUACUACUGUUAUGUACAGUGACAAUUCAAUUCUUUGUUUGAAGAUUUAUUGAAGAUUCUCUGACAUAAGGAUAUUAUUACCAUCAUCGUAAUUAUACUUAUUUUAAACUCAGCGUCUUUGUGUAAUUACAUCUAAUUUAGAAUGCGAAUACAAAAAGUUGCAAAAAUAUAUUUUGUUAAUUAAUCAUAUGAAAUAAAAAUGAGAGCAACAGAACAUGCAUCCAAUCAAAAUGUUUAUAAAGUCAUGAAAAAUACA